CAUCUAACGGAACAAAAACGAUUCGAUAUCGACAUCGCUAAACGGCUCGAAAUUAGCGACUUGGAGGGCCUCGAGAGCUAUCCCUUAGUGACCGAUGUGCCUGAUGUCGAGACGACAAUGGAAUCGCAAAUGCAAAAUGACAGCUCGAAUCUAUCGGAGGAGCAUUUCGAUCCUGUUAGAGGAUCCAACUUUUACGAAAAGCGCUUUGAUCCAUACAUAAAAAGGUUCAAUCCUUAUGAAAAGCGUUUUGACCCGUUUACGAAGCGAUUCGACCCUUUUGAGAAGCGGUUUGAUCCGUAUUUCAAACGGUUCGAUGGAACCUAUGGUAUCACCGAGGAGUCAAGUCCACGUGAUAGACGAUUUGAUCCAUACUCUAAGCGAUUCGAUCCGUUUUCAAAGCGAUUCGAUCCCAUCUCGAAACGAUUUGAUCCAUACUCGAAGCGAUUUGAUCCGUUCUCGAAACGAUUUGAUCCGUAUUCGAAACGUUUCGACCCGUUCUCGAAAAGAUUUGAUCCAUAUUCGAAACGGUUUGAUCCGUUCUCGAAAAGAUUUGAUCCGUACUCUAAACGAUUCGAGGUCUACAAGCGGUUCGACCCGUAUUCUAAAAGAUUCGACGUUUUCAAGCGAUUUGAGCUGCUCUCAAAACGGUUCGAUCCCUAUUCGAAACGAUUCGACAUUCUGAAGCGAUUUGAUCCAUUUCCUUACGAGACCUAUCCCGACAUAACGGAGCGCAUCGAUCCGGACGAGUUGACACACUACUACGGACAACUGGACAUAAAUCGAAACGUCGUCGAUCCAUACGCAUACCAUGUAGGAUUUGAACGUUAA